AUGGACGACAGCUUGCCCGACCUAGUCCGUGACUGGGAGCUCGAAACCAAGCUCGUUAGCGAAAAACAAACCAUACACACCACGUAUGUCUCCGACCCCGCUAGAGGGAGGUGGCGGAGGGCUGAGGAGGAGGUGUGGGAUCAAACAACCAUGCUCGGUAGGGGCUCGUUCGGCGUCGUCUCACUGCAAAAAUGCACUUCGGGCCCCAACUCCGGCAGAUUACGUGCCGUCAAGGAGAUACAAGUGACCCUCGAUCGGUCGUUGGACAAGUUCCUAUCCCGGGAGAUCUCGGCAAUUGUCAAGUUUUCCCACAAGCGAUUUCGGGAAUGCUUUGUCCCAUCUUUCGGCUGGUAUAGGGGCAAAGACUCAAUCUUCAUCACCAUGGAGUAUCUCCCCUUGGGCGACCUACAGUCUUACCUUGACAAUCCUCUGCCAGACAGGGAAGCACGGACUAUCACGGAACAAAUCCUCCAAGGCAUUGACUUCAUGCAUCGAAGCAAAUUCGCUCAUCGUGACCUGAAGCCUAAGAACAUCCUCGUGCAGCACAAAGGACCCAAUUGGUGGGUCAAAAUCUCGGACUUUGGUUGCAGCAAGCAGAGCGAGUCAACGUCUCUCCGCACUAUUAUUGGCACAGAGCCAUAUCUGGCACCGGAGCUUCAGAACAUCUUUGCCCCAUCAGACGAAAACGACCUCGAGGACGAAGAGGAUUUGGAUUCCUCGGAGUCCCCCGUCUACUCCCUUGCAAUCGAUAUCUGGGCCCUUGGUGCCAUCACCUUUCGUAUCGCUGCCGGAAAAGUUCCGUUUCCAUCUCCAAUAGGAAAAAGACUAUCCCGAUAUGUCGCUCAUGGGGGCCAAUUCCCCUCCAAUGAGUUAUUGAGCAUCGAAUGCCGUGAUUUCAUAGUCGCCGCCAUGAGCCGGUCUCCACGAGAUCGACCGAGUGCCGCCGCAGCUUUGAAAAACCCUUGGAUUGUUUCCAGAUGCGCUACCGAAGGGGUUGAGUCCGACACAGACGCUGGAAUUGCCUUGAACUCGCACACGAACCUUGAAACACGGCCAGACAGGUCACAAACCACGCUGGAUGAGGCCUCCGGAUCGUGGACUACGAUCCGACAUUUGCCUAGCCGCUUGGAAUCAACGGAGAGAACUCUCACUGAGCUUCCCGACGCUGAUGAAGCCUCGGGAUCGUGGUCAACAGUUCAGCGGGACCCAAACGGUUCAACAGCCCCCAGGCGUCCAAAGUUACAGGAACCCCCAAUUCCGCAACUAUCACCUGUCAAACUUACCUUCGCAACGGAGGAUAGACGCUACUUCACUCCUAAUGGAAAGGUAAUUGAGACUCAUCGAGUACCCUUGGUUUGCGCCUUUUCAGUGGACGGUCGGUGGCUCUUUUCAGCUAGCAAGGCGAGUCUAAGCCAGUCCAUGUUUCAUCUUUGGCGGCAAACCGACCAGGGCGGGUUUGAACAGAUAAAUCCCCAAGUUACAGAUUGUGACUCAAUUUUGGGCGUGGCAGUAUCAUCCAACGGUCGACGGCUCAUCUCAUACCAUAGCAAUAUGGAUGAAGACUCUUAUGUCAGAAGCUGGAAAUUUGCCAAAUCCCUUGAUUAUUGCCAAUCAAAGAGCAAGUUUGGGGCUGAUGGGGCGCCAUAUACUACUACCUGGGGCAUUUCGGCAAAUACCCGCCGAGUCUUUGGAGAGAAGCACACAAGGAGUGGCCCAUCCACGAUCAUCAUAUUGGAACUUGAUUCUAACGACAAUUUCAUCAUUCUUCGGCCGCGAAAACUCAAUUUUAGGGUUGACAAGAUUAUCCCCUCUGCAGAUGGGGAGCAUUACGUCGCUUUUCACACCGAUAAGUGCACCAUCUUCAGUUACCAAGAUGCAAUUGGCUCCCAGUUUGAUCUUUGGAGUCCGAUGAGGCGUGGAGAGCUCGGGUGGCAUGUGGCGAAAAGGGCUGCUGAAUUCUCACUAGACGGUCAAUGGUGCAUCAUUUGGUACAAUCAAAUCCUCAGAAUCUUUCGAAGAACAAUCUUGGGAUGGAAGUCAAGGCAGGAAGUAAAGUUCGAUGCUCAGGCCGUUGCAUUUUCGGCAAAUUCCAAACGCUUCGCAAUGGGAUCCCCCGAUGGCACGAUAUUUAUCUGGAGACUUGAUGGCGACGAUUGUUUUGUCAAGGACGGGAAACUAAAGCUUUCGACUCAGAGCGGACUGCGUUAUCUCACUUUUUCACCAAACGGCCAAUUCCUGGCAACGACGGCAAUGGCAAAGUUUGAGGUGUGGAAGAUAUUUUGA